AUGCCCUUUGAUGAUCUUAUGCGAGUCGGAACGGCUCAGGUUCCCGGUGGUCAGCCGUCUUUGGGGGGUGGAGCAUUGGAUGAUGCAGGCCAUGAGGCUGGUUCCAGACCAUCAGAAGCAGCCCGAACCAAGUUUGGGCUGCACUGUUCACGGCGCCCGAAAAUGAAGGAGGGAGAUGAAGUCGAUAGCGUUUGGUUAGCUCUCAAUGUCCCUUCGGCAUUGAACGACAACCGACGCCUGAGGAAGCAGGAAGCGAGGAGCACUGUGGAUCAAUCUUGA